CAACCAACAAGAAAGCAGCAAGUGGUUUCUGGAUGGAGACCAGACGAGCUUCCAAAGGAGCCCCAGACCGGCGAGGGGCCUGAGAGGACACACGGGAAACUGCCAACAUCUGCAGCAUCCGCAGUAAUAAGAGACUGCUCAGACCACCUCCUCAGAGGAAAAACCAGGAGCGGACUUUACCUGGUGACCCCUGACCUCCGCAGCAGCAGCUUUCAGGUGUACUGUGACAUGGAGCUGGAUGGCGGCGGAUGGACCCUCCUGCAGCGCCGCCAGGACGGCAGCGUGAGCUUCAACCGCCCCUGGGUGGACUACCAGGCUGGCUUCGGAGUGCUGGAUGGAGGAGAGUUCUGGCUGGGCAACAACAAGAUGCACCUGCUGACCCGGGACAGGGACAUGGAGCUGCGGGUGGAGCUGGAGGACUUUGAUGGAGUAACAGAGCAUGCGCAGUAUGAGCACUUCAGGGUUGCCAGCGAGCGGCUCCGCUACAGACUGACGGUGGGCGGGUACUCGGGUACCGCAGGCGAUGCUCUGCGCUUCAGCAAGACCUACGACCACAACAACAGGGCGUUCACCACCCCUGACAGGGACAACGACCGGUACCCGUCCGGGAACUGCGGGGCCUACUACAGCUCCGGCUGGUGGUUUGAUGCCUGCAUGGCUGCAAACCUCAACGGCAAAUAUUACUUUGGGAAGUAUAAAGGAGUUCGGGACGGGAUUUUCUGGGGAACAUGGCACAACAUAUCUACAGAGUACUACCCCACCAAUGAGAGACAGUCUUUUAAAUCAGUCAGGAUGAUGACCCGACCAAAGAGCUUUGGCUUGCGUUAAUAAAGCGAACAUUAAAUGCUUUUG